AUGAUGAGAAAGAAUGGUGCAACACUCCGAUCCAAAUUAUUCGGAGCCUCUAAUCAUGAAGAUGAUUAUUCCUAUUUACCAACAACAACACCUUCUCGGAACUCGAAUGGUACAGCAACACAAACUCAAUUAUUAUUAGAUAAGGCAGAAGAGGACGUUGAAAGGAAAGCAGGAACCAUGGUGAAGGGAGUUCGGGUUUUGAAGGAGAUUGCUCUCUCGAUAAAUGGCGAAUUGGCGGAACAGAACUCGUAUUUCAAACAAAUUGAAGAUGAUAUGGGUCGUACGAAAGGUAUACUAGAUGCUACCCUGCAAAAAUUGAAAAUAUUAUCACAGAAAACGCAUGGAAUGCUCGGAAUGUUUUGUCUCUUGAUUGGAUUUGUUAUUUUCGUGUUAUUUAUUUUAUAUACUUGGAUUAGGUAA